AUGUCUGUUCCUCCUAACUUUGCCGGUAUCAAGCUCUCGGGCGGUAAGAAAGAAGAAACACAGCAUACUCUUGAAUUGUACCUUGACUAUGUGUGCCCGUUCUCAGCCAAACUGUUCAAUACAUUCUAUUCCCUGAGUUCCGAAAUCACCCAACGAUACAAUCCACGACUCCAAGUAAUCUUCCGCCAGCAUAUCCAGCCCUGGCACCCAUCCUCCACACUCACCCACGAAGCCGGCGCCGCCGUUCUCCGGCUAGCACCCGAGAAAUUCUGGGCCUUUAGUGCGGCACUUUUCAAAGUCCAGGGUGAAUUCUUUGACGUGAACGUGGUCAAUGAAACCCGUAACCAGACAUACGAGCGUCUGGCCCAGGUUGCAGGCUCCGUUGGCGUCGAUGAGGGGAAGGUGUUGGAUCUAUUGAAGAUUCCCGAUACCCUCGGCCCGGAUGGAGCGCUGAAUGUGGGUAAUCAGGUCACAGAUGAUAUCAAGCGGAUAGUCAAGACGGACCGAGUGAUUGGGGUGCACGUAUCACCAACUGUAUUUUUCAAUGGAGCGGAAGAGCGUGGGAUAAGCAGUGGUUUCAGCACAGCUCAAUGGGAGGAAUGGCUGGCAAAGAACGUGGUCUGA